UGUAGAUCCAUCUUUACUCAAAACAAAAGUGCAGUUUUCCCAUCAUUUUGCAUCGUUUCCACCUCUAAUAACAGCAACCAACAACCAUGCCUUUGGAGUUAGGAGGACAUGAGCAUCCUUUAGCAAAAAGUACAUAUCUUGGAGGUUUAUCUUGUGAUGUUUGCGAUCGUUCCUAUCGUGAUGGCCACUCUCGCGAUCGAUGGUUUCAAGAUGGCUUCUCUUGCGAUGAAUGCGAUUUUAAAGUGCACACGAAAUGUAUCUAUGUGUUCAACAUACUAGAGACAACCAAGCAUCCUUCUCAUGAAGGACACUGUGUUAGACUUCUCACAACGGGGGCUCCUGAUCAUCACACAGAUCCGAAAUGCCAUAUUUGCGGUGAAAAAACUAAGCGUCUUCUUUAUCAUUGUUCCAUUUGUGAUCUCAAUUUGGACAUAGGUUGCAUGUUUGAUGCCUUGUGCGCUGGAUCUCAACUGAAUAUGCCGUGGCACUAUCAUCCUCUUCUCAUGCUUGAUGUUGGUACUUAUAUGCGGUGCGAAAUUUGUGGUAAGCGCGGCUCAUAUGGCUACUGUUGCCCACGUUGUUGGAUGAUGGUUCAUGAGAAAUGUGCCUCUGUAUUUGUUGAUGCACCAGUGAUCACUCAUUCUUUUCAUGCCAAACACUCUCUCAAGCUUCUCACCGAAGGAGCUCCCGGCUACACUGUUCCGAAAUGUCAUCUAUGUGGAAAAGACACUGGAAACAUUCUUUAUCACUGUGAUAUUUGUAAGUUCAACUUGGAUAUGGCUUGUGCUAUUCGGUCUUCCCGACCAUUGUCUCUUUCAGAUAUGAAGGUCCAUGAGCAUACACUCACACUCAUCCCAAGAUUGAUCUCUUUCGUUUGUGAUGGUUGUGGAGAGAAAGGAGAUCGGUCUCCUUAUGUUUGUUUUCAAUGUGAUCUCAUGUUCUUCCAUCAAAAAUGUGCUCGCUUACCACGUGUUAUUCAUGUCAAUCGCCAUGAUCACCGAGUUUCUUACAAGUAUCCGCUUGGUCCUGGAGAUUGGAUAUGUGAGAUUUGUUUGAAAGAGAUUGAUUGGUCAUAUGGAGCCUAUUCUUGUUCCAUAUGUCCUCAAUAUACCAUUCACUCAAAAUGUGCAACAAGGAGAGACGUGUGGGAUGGCAAAGAGCUUGAUGGAGUACCUGAAGAAGACGUUGAGGAUACUGAGCCAUUCAAGAUUAAUGAUGACAGAACAAUCACUCAUUUCGCUCAUGAACAUAACAUGAGCCUCAACAAAGAAGGUGUUGCUUUAGCGGAAAGUAUUUUGUGUGGAGGGUGUGUUCGUCCCAUUGGCUCUGAUUCAUUCUACAGCUGUUCAGAAUGCAGUUUCAUCCUUCAUGAAAUCUGUGCUAAUCUCCCAAAGAAGAAGCGGCACUUUCUAAGCCCACAACCUCUUAGUCUUAUCCUCAAUAGAGAUACUGACGAAGGGUUUUGUUCUGCUUGUUGUUUACGUUGCUGUGAUGGAUUCAUGUAUACUGAUGAAAACGAUACCUUUGAUUUACUAUGCAGUUCUGUCACUAUGCCUCUUAUUCAUGGAAGUCAUCCGCAUCCUUUACUCUACCUCGAAAGAGAUAAUUAUGGUGACAGAGAGGCAUGCCAGGGUUGCAACAGGGGUGGAGAACUCGAGCUUGGUUGUAUCCAAUGCGAUUAUUAUUUGGAUUUUCGUUGUGCUACUCUACCAGAAACUGUAAGUCUCCACAAGUAUGAUGAUCAUCCACUCACUCUUUGUUACGGUGAAGAGGCAACUAGCGGCAAGUAUUGGUGUGAUAUAUGCGAAAGCGAAACAAAUCCAAAGACUUGGUUCUACACAUGUUAUGAUUGUGGAAUCACUCUACAUGUUUUCUGCGUACUUGGUGAUAUAAGGUACGCCAAACCAGGAGGGAAGAUCGAAGGCGACCUUGAAUUGAUGGCUAACAAUACAUCUUCAAGACCACUUUGCAACCGUUGUCACUGUCGUUGCGCAGCUCCCUUCUUUCUUCUUAACAAAAGCGGAUUAUACUGUUCUGUGUACUGUUUUCAACGUACUGAAGAGGAAGCAUCCUCAAUUAGUAUUUUUGUUUUACGUCCUCCAUGGGCAGAUGAAUCUGUGUUUUAAGAGCUGGUAAUAUUAUUGUUUG